AUUCUUAUCUCCUCGCCCCUCUUCACCUCCUUACCUGUUGUUUUCCUCCCUCUUCCUUCACCUGUCGUCCCAUGCUAAAAAAGCCCGGGGUUAGGAGCUAGAGGUAAUCUCUCUCUCUCUCUCGGUCAAGGCGAGUGGGGCAGCACUGCGCGCGCGGCAUGGAGGCCAUGGACGUCAAGUACAGGCCGGUCAUGUUCCCCAACGGCGCCGCCGUCAAGAAGGUGAAGCCGGCGGCAGUGGCGCCGGCAGCCGGCGAGCCGAUGUACCGGGAGUGCCUCAAGAACCACGCGGCGAGCCUGGGCGGGCACGCGGUGGACGGAUGCGGGGAGUUCAUGCCAACGCCGGGGGCCAAUCCCGCCGUCCCGACGUCGCUCAGGUGCGCGGCGUGCGGCUGCCACCGCAACUUCCACCGCCGGACGGUGGAGGGGUCCCCGCCGCCGCCGCCUGCGCCGCUGGCGCUGCCGCCGCCCGUGCCGGCGAGCAUGUUCCAUGGCCAGCCGCACCGCGGCGAGGAGACGCCGGAGGACAGGCUCCCGAGGGUCAUCGACGGCGACGACUCCGACUCCGACUCGGACGGCUCGGAGUACGACGAGGAGCGGUCGGUGUCCCCGCCCCCGCCGCAGCAUGUGACGGCACCGGUGGCGCAGCAGCCUCCGCCGCCGUACUUCCCCUCGGCGCCUCACAUGCUGCUCUCUCUUGGCUCCGGAGCGCCAGGCGCGGCGGUGGCGGCAGCGGCGGUCCAGAGGCUCCCGGCCCAGCUGACGCCGUCGAGCGCGCCGCCUCCCGGGGCGAUGGCGAGGAAACGUUUCCGCACCAAGUUCACCGCCGAGCAGAAGCAGCGGAUGCAGGAGCUGUCGGAGCGGCUCGGGUGGCGGCUGCAGAAGCGCGACGAGGCCAUCGUCGACGAGUGGUGCCGCGACAUCGGCGUCGGCAAGGGCGUCUUCAAGGUCUGGAUGCACAACAACAAGCACAACUUCCUCGGCGGCCACAGCGCCCGCCGCAGCUCCUCCUCCGGCACCCCCGCCACCGCCGCACCACUCCACACCCCAACCGCAUCCGGCUCCGCACCACCAUUCAACCCGUCCACCACCAGUCCUCCCCCUCCUGUUCUCACCUCGUCCCCGCCGGUCGCCACCACAGGCUUCAACAUCAACGGCGCCGCCUCCACCGCCCCCACCGUCACCGCCGUCCACCAAGAGAACGUCAACGGAGCCUCGUCGCCGCAGUCCGCAUAAACUAGAGAGAGAAGGGAGAAUGGAGAAACAUGUAGCUUAAUUUCAGUGAUCAUUUCCUUUUCUUUUCCUUAGACUUUCCCUCUAAGAAAUUAACCCCAAGAAAGCAUGCCGCCAGCAGCCGCCGCUGCAGCUCUUGUCGCCAUGCCAUGCCUAGAAAUCCAAGCAGCUUCCUCCCCUCCCUGUAUGUUCUUGGGAUCUGAUGAUGAUGGUGAUGCUGAGUUAGGAUUAGAUUAUCUCAUCCCAACCAAAAGUGGUAACCUUCUUGGUUGUUCAAUCUUGUCCACCAUGAGCUGUGCUCAGAGGAGCAAAGCAGGGAGAGAGUUCUUCCUUCAAGGCUCCUAGGAUCCCAUGCUGUUCUGCUGUGACAUGUUGCACAAAAUGGAAGCAGCCUCCCCCCUCCUGCUCCUCUGAGCACUGUUCCUCAUUAAUCAAUUGACUUGCUUUGUA